UAAUUUAGAUCAAAUAACAAGUCUGAACAAGUAACGAAAAGUGCAUAAUAUGAUCGCAUAUUUGUUUACUCUAAUCAGAUAAAAAUAAUUUCAAGAAGUGUUACAUUAGUGCCAGUUAAUCGAGCAAUACCAAUUUUUUUCACGCGUAAUUAUGACGAAUGGAUUUUUCAACGUACGAUUUUCACGCCGUCAUUAAUCCAACUAAUAAUGUUACACGAGUAGCACAACAGCGAUCAAACAAUCGAAUAAAUUUGCUCGUUCGUAAUCUUAUCUGAAUAAUAACAUAAAAAACAUCAGCAACGAAAAAAAAAUCACAUACUUAUAUAUAGCAAAAACGAGUUUUUCAAUCUUUGAAGAGAGGAAGGAAGGGGACGAACGACGACUUCGCGCACGCCAAUAACCUUCAGUCGCGUCUCGAACGUCAAUUUUCCUAGUUGCGCGCCUUAAAUCAUCGGUUUUUCGCACUAUCGAUAUAAUAGUUUAUAGUUAAGUAUAUACACAAACAUGGAGCUGACGACUUGGCUGCUGAUCGGCGCCGUCCUGUACGCGAUCUGGUCGUUUCUGAACGCACGCCUGCGUUACUUCGAGUCCUUGAACUUGCCCUACGUGCCGGGAGUGCCGUUCUUCGGCUCGAUGGCCAGCGCCGUGUUUCGCAUCUGUCACAUCAGCGAGACGGUGAAGAACAUCUACAGGUACAAUCCCGAGGCCAAGUACAUCGGCGCGUUCGACUUCAUGCGGCCCGUGAUCGUCCUUCGCGAUCUCGACGUCAUUAAAAAUGUCACCAUCAAAAAUUUCGACAACUUUCCGGAUCAUCAGGCCUUCAUCGACGACUCGGUCGAUCCUCUGUUCGGCGGUGGCCUCUUCAACAUCGCCGGCGAGCGCUGGAAGGAGGCCCGAGCCCUACUGAGUCCGGCCUUCACCUCCAGCAAGAUGAAGGGCAUGUUCGAGCUGAUGGUGGUGUGCGGUAAAAAUUUCGUCAAUUACCUCAGCAAUCUGCCGGAAAAAGAGCGCAAGGCCAUAGCCACCAAGGACAUGUUCGGCAAGCUGACCAACGACGUCAUCGGUACCUGCGCCUUCGGCAUCAACGUCAACUCACUGGAAAAUCCGAAAAACGACUUUUUCAUCCUCGGCAAGGAGGCCACGACCAUCGACGGCGUCAUGACCUUGAAAUUCUUCAUCGCCCGGUCGUUUCCCAACGUGAUGAAGUGGUUCAACAUCAAGUUCGUGAGCGAGCGAGUCCAGCGUUUCUUCACCAGUAUCGUGAGCACGACCAUCGCCACCCGCGACGAGCAGGGAAUCAGUCGGCCCGACAUGAUCCAGCUGAUGAUGGACGCCCGCGGCAAGGAGGGCAAGAACUUCAAGCUCGACAUCACCUCCAUGACCGCCCAGGCCUUCAUAUUUUUCUUCGGCGGCUUCGACACCACCUCGACGCAAAUGUGCAUCAUAGCCCACGAGCUGGCCAUCAACCGGGACAUCCAGAAACGACUGCAGGACGAGAUCGACGACGUCCUCGAGAGGAGCAAGGGAAAGCUGACCUACGAGGCGCUCAACAACAUGCUGUACCUCGACGCCAUCUUCAACGAGUCCAUGAGGUUCCAUCCGCAGGCGGGCUUCCUCGAUCGGCUCUGCGUCAAGGCCUUCGAGCUGCCGCCCGCGCUACCCGGCCUCAAGCCGUUCGUCGUCCAGCCGGGCAUGAACGUGUGGAUACCGGCGGUGGCGAUACACCGCGACCCCGAGUACUACGACGAGCCCGACAGCUUCAAUCCCGACCGCUAUUAUCAGAAGAAGGUCACCAUCAACGACACCCAGAAUCUGGGCUUCGGCAUCGGGCCGAGGAGCUGCAUCGGCAAUCGCUUCGCCAUCAUGGAGACGAAGCUGCUGUUCUUCUUUCUGCUGUCCAAGUUCAAUCUGGUGCCCAACGACAAGACCUGCUCGCCACUCGUCUACAGCAAAAAGACCUUCAGUUUGAUACCGCCGGGCGGUUACAGUCUGGCGAUAGAGCCGAGGACCGAUGCCAGUGCGUACGCGUAAUGUAGUGGAUUUUUUUUAACUUCGAUUUUUUGUAAUUAAAUUUAUUUUUAACGCGAAACAAGUAUGCAAAACGAUGUGAUGACGAUGUAUUAGGACCAAAGCCAAAAAAGUAUUUUGAUAAAUUGUAGCUGAACCCUGUACAAAUAUUUCUAUUUUGGUAAGAGUAUAAAUAAAUUUUAUGAUUUUUUCUAUGAUUAUUAUUUGCUACAUCUCUUGUUCAUACUGAAAUUAAUGAAUUUCAUUAUAAACGUUUUAUAUAACUUUCAGUAAAUAAAAAAUUUAUAUUCGUA